GCAAGUCACAACACAUUCAUCACUCUUCAAGAUUCAAACUAAAAAUGGCAGAUUUCGAGAGCCCAACAGAAAUUCCUAAAUUCAUCACCUUCCUCUCUUCUCUCCUUCAACGAGUAGCAGAGUCGAACAACGUUAUCCUGAGCCUCCAAUCCCAGAAACUCUCAGUCUUCCAUGGCCUUACCAGGCCAAGUAUUUCCAUUCAGAGCUAUAUGGAAAGAAUUUUCAAGUAUGCAAAUUGUAGCCCCUCUUGCUACAUUGUUGCCUAUGUUUAUCUUGAUCGGUUUACGCAGUGCCAACCUACUCUUCCUAUCAAUUUUUUCAAUGUUCAUAGGCUGCUAAUCACUAGUGUCAUGGUUGCUGUAAAAUUCAUGGAUGAUGUGUAUUAUAAUAAUGCUUGCUAUGCUAAAGUUGGAGGAAUCAGCACAACUGAGAUGAACUUUCUUGAAGUGGAUUUUUUAUUUGGAUUGGGAUUCCACUUGAAUGUGACUCCCACUACUUUUUACAAAUAUUGUUCUUACUUAGAGAAAGAAAUGAUGAUGCUUCAGCCAAAGAUAAAUAUGUCAGAAUCCUCCUUAUAUAUGGGAAUUUCAUCAAAACUUCACUUGUCUUUCAGUGAAGAUGAAUCAUCCCAUCAUCAACAACAGCAACUUGCUGUUUGAGAUCAAUGCUUUCCUUGUUGUAGUUAAGUUGAUUAGACAUAUGGAGCAGCAAAUUAAAAACCCUCAUUGUAUUAGACGUUAUUACA